UUGCACAUGUUCGCUGUUUACAUAUCACCGAAAAACUAAUUCGGAGUAUUAGUUAUAUUAAAAUGCCCGCAGUAAUUGAAAAUGACGUAAUAAAAUACAAGGGCAGCAAUUACUUUCGUCAAAGAUUGCUGCUUUCGACUCUCAGUGGGCGUGCUAUUAAAAUAGAAGACAUUCGCACUACCAACGAUGACCCGGGUCUUCGGGAAUAUGAAGUCAGUUUAAUUCGGUUACUGGAUAAAGUGACGAACGGCACGAGAGUCGAGCUGAGCGAAACCGGUACUUCAGUAUAUUACCAGCCUGGUAUACUGAUUGGUGGACAAGUUAAUCACAACUGUUGUACCCAGAGAGGGAUAGGUUAUUAUCUUGAAGUUCUGCUAGCCCUGGGACCAUUCUGUAAGGAACCUUUAAAUGCAGUCCUACAAGGAGUAACCCACAGUGACCUAGAUGUAUCAGUGGACAAAAUAAAGACGGCAGCUCUACCUGUGCUCCUUAAAUUUAUUCUUGUCGACGAUGGCUUGGAUCUGAAAAUUGUGAGAAGAGGAGCACCACCAUUAGGGGGAGGCGAAGUUGUUUUUAAAUGUCCAGUCAAACGUCAUCUCCGACCUCUACAGUGGACCAAAUGGGGUCUUGUGAAGAGAAUAAGAGGAAUAGUUUAUGCUUUAAGGGUGUCUCCUACGAUGGCUAACAGAGUUGUUGAAGCUGCUAAAGGGGUGAUGCUUAAUUUUCUACCGGAUGUCUACAUCAACACGGACCAGUGUCGAGGGUCGAACGCUGGCAAGAGUCCGGGCUUUGGAGUCAGUCUUGUUGCUGAAACCGAUGAGAAAACCUUUUAUUGUGCUGAAGCAAAAUCAGUCGAAGGAGGUAAAGGUGAAAUUACAUUGCCAGAAGAUAUAGGCCAGGAGUGCGCACAGAAGUUACUGGACGAGAUAUACCGCGGCGGUACUGUGGAUUCCGCCUUCCAGUGGCUGCUGGCUCUGUGGAUGGCGCUCGGACAGAAAGAUGUUAGCGAGUGUAUUGUGGGGCCCCUUUCAGACUACACGAUAUCAUUUCUCCAGCAUUUGAAGGAGUUUUUUGGAGUGAUGUUCAAGUUAGAAGUCCAACGAACCGACAUCGAUGAUGAGGCCUCUGAUGAUGAAGAUGAGACGUCUGUAGCUCAGAAGAUCAAAAUGACAUGCGUCGGUAUUGGAUAUGUCAAUAUUAGUAAACGUACUUUGUAAUAGAUAACAAUGUUGUUUUAUUGUAUUCAUUUUAUUUAUUUUAUUUUACUG